AUGCCUUCUUAUAGUACCUCAGUUUUGGCUCACUUGUUUGGCAUCAUUUCCAUCAUCCUUUUGCUUGUUUGGUUGCUGCAUUAUCGCGAGGGGAUUGAAUAUGAUUCUGAUAAUCCACUUCGUGUUUUCAAUGUUCACCCUUUUCUGAUGUUCUUUGGGUUCAUUUUCCUUGUUGGUCAAGCAAUAAUGUCUUACCAUACAGUACCAGGCACACAUGAAACACAGAAGAUUGUUCACAUGAUACUUCAUUUCAUUGCCAUAAUUCUUGGAAUUGUUGGUAUAUGUGCGGUUUUCAAGUUCCAUGAUAUGGUGAACUUGGUUGAUGUUUACAGCCUCCAUUCAUGGAUCGGCAUUGGAACCUUUUGCUUGGUUGGCUUGCAGUGGCUUUUUGGACUCACGUUCAUGUUUCCUGGAUCAAGACAAUCAAGGGCUUCAUUGGCUCCAUGGCACAUAGCUGGUGGUAGAGCAUUACUCUACAUGGCAAUUUGUGCUGCACUAACAGGCUUGAUGGAGAAGACUGCUUUGUUGAAAUUACAGGCACACCAAAGAGAAUCUCAUUUGAUCAAUUUCCUUGGUCUAGCAAUUCUCUUGUUUGGUGUUUUUGUGGAUGUAACUGUUGGUUUGGCCCAUUUUGCUUGA